AUGCGUUUCACUACCGCUACCAUCGUCUCUGCUCUCGCCGUCGCCGCGUCAGCUUUGACUAGCCCCAACUACACCAAGAACCCUUCGGGCAAUGCCAUUGUUUCCCCUGGCCUGAACGAGAUCGUCCCUGAGGGCAAAGCCUACACCAUCAAGUGGCAGCCUACCACCAUCGGCCCCAUCUCCCUGGUCCUCCUCCGUGGCCCCUCCACCAACGUGCAGCCCCUCAAGACCCUCGCCGAGUCUAUCCCCAACAGCGGCUCCUUCUCCUGGACCCCCGGCACUGACCUCGAGGUUGACACCACCUACUACGGUCUCCUCCUCGUCGUCGAGGGCACCGGCCAAUACCAGUACUCCACUCAGUUCGGUCUCGGCGCCGCCGCCGGUGGCUCCUCCGAGUCCACCACCAAGAUCAGUACCGCCAGCCCUACCAGCAUUGAGACCACCGAGAGUACCACCACCUGCCCCGAGACCGAGACCACCUCCACCCCGGCCUUCUCCACCGUUGUGCAGAGCACCGAGAUCACCACCACCAUCUGCCCCGAGACUGAGUCCACCGGCGUUCCCCAGACCUCCACCGUCGCCCCCGUCAGCUCUCCCUCCAGCAUCCCCUGGGUGUCCUCCGCUCGCACCUCCGCCACCAUCAUCGCCUCCCCUUCAGCCUCCCCUUCAGCCUCCCCUUCAGCCUCCCCUUCAGCCUCCCCCUUCCCCUCAGCCUCGUCGCCCGCCUUCAACGGUGCCGGCCAUAACGCCAUCAGCUUCGGCGCCGUCGUCGCCGGUGUCCUUGCUGCUUUCGCCCUCUAA